UGCCACACAAAGCCUUGGAGCCUGUUACAGGGACGCUGCUGUCAGCUGCGGGGGUUGCGGUGGAGAAGAGGCGUGUUUGUUCCAAAGUGUUCUUGAAGACCUCUGUGGAGUCCGAUCGAGACUUGGACUCUUUUCUGCCAUGGGGGACGUUGUUUCCAGUCACCUGGAUGAAGCCAAACGGGAGAUUAUCUCAGCCCGGACUGGGGUGUUGAUGGCUGAGUUUGGGCAUGUGUAUGAGCAACAGUACGCUGUAGCUCUUUUCAACAAAGUUCGCUUUGACUUAGAGGGAGGAGGCGGCCCACAGCCACAGCUACUACAGCGCAAGAACCCAUUGGAGAACAAAUCCAUCUUCUCAGGAUCAAUCUUCCAGUGCUUGGAGGAGAACAAGAAAUGGAGAAAUCGCUUCCUCUUUGUCCCUGACACUUACAAUAUCAGUUACUACGACAACAAAGCAGCUUAUGACAAACACCUGCCUCCCAAAGGAACCAUUAACUGUGCUGGUUACAAAGUGCUGAACUCUAUGGAGCAGUACAUGGACCUAAUCGGUAGCAGUCUGCCUGGUAUAAAAGCCAAGGUGGGAAGCGCUCCCUUCCUAAAGUUUCCUUCCCAGUUUCCUCUGAUGCUGUGGCAUCCUUACGCCCGACACUACUUCUUCUGUGUGGAGACGGAGAAAGAGCAGCAGAAGUGGCAUGCUGUCCUUCAGGACUGCGUUAGACACGCAAACGAUGGUUUGUCUGAGGAACAUGAAGUCCAAACGCCAGCUUUUACCGACACAGUCCGACUUUACCGCCAGGCUCAAGGGCACUUUGGCACCUGGGAGAUGAUGUGUGGUGUACCAUCACAGAUCCUGUCUAACCUGGUGAUGGAGAGCCUCCUGCCUGAACUGCGGGAGCUCAUCUCCCCCCGCCUCAAAGGAAAACUGCAUGAGAGGCAGAGGAACUGGAUGCUGAUCACGGAUGCGGUGUACGGUUUGGUGCAGAGCCAGUGUCAGAGCCAGUAUGAAGCGGCAGUGCAGAAGUGUGAAGCAGCGCGCUCCUCUCUGGAAGCUUUCAUACGAACAGAUAUGGAUCAGAUCAUCACAUCCAAGGAGCACGUCACAAACAAGAUCAAAGCCGUGGUUCUUCCUAAGGCUGAAAAGUUGCUGAAGGUGAGCAUCCAGCCUUACAUCAGCUCCAUUCUGGAUGCCCUUAUGGAGCCCACCAGCCGAGGCUUCUUUGAAGUCCGUGAUGUUUUCUUCAGGGAACUGGUGGACAUGAGCAAGAACAGCCUCAAUAACGGUACAAAGGAGACUGUAGCACAGCACAUGGAGAAGAUCUCCAUGCUGGCCUUCCACCCAGUGAAGAUGCAGAGCUGCUAUGAAAAGGUGGAGCAGCUGAGUCUAGAGGGGCUGCAGCAGCGAUUUGACGUCGCCAGCCCCUCAGUGUUUGUUCAAAGGGCUCAAAUUCUCAUGAGAAAGCAAAUGGACGAUGCAGUGUACACAUUUGAACAGAUCCUCCACCAAAGUCUGGAAUCUCAGGGUGCUGAGGAUCUGUGUAACACCAUCCAGCGGUGUCAGGACAGAGUUAUAAAGAAAUUUGACUAUGACAGCAGUACAGUGAGAAAGCGUUUCUUUCGCGAGGCCCUCCUCCAGAUCUUCAUCCCCUACAUGCUAAAGCAGCUCACCCCAUCCUGUGCUUCAGAGCUUCCCCGCUUCCAGGAGCUGAUCUUUGAAGACUUUUCCCAGUUUAUCCUGGUGGAAAACAUCUUUGAAGAAGUGGUUCUGCACUCAGUCAUGAAGGACAUCAUGAUGGCUGUGAAGGAGGCAGCAGUCCAGAGGAGACACAACCUGUACAGGGACAGUAUUGUCCUUAGCAACAGUGACCCCAGCCUCCAUCUGUUGGGAGAAAGCCCAUCCAUUGACUGGGCAGAGAAGUAUGGAGGAAAGCAGGAGGAAGGAGAAGAAUUGGAGGAGGUUUCUGAGGGUGUUGGUGAAUCCUCAGAGUCCCAGAGGAUAAGAAGGGUAAAGCAGGUGGUGUCAAUGAUCCAAGUGGAAGGCUCCAGUGAGUUGUUCAGGGACACACCUACCAUUGAUGUGAUCCUAGAGGAGAAUGAUGGAGCUGGGGAGGAGAAGGCAGAUGUUGAAGCUACCACACAGACCACAUCUCCAGUGCCCAAAGUGACCGAGAGCCAACCAGACUCCACCAAUGGUUCAGCCUUACAGAAAGAAGAAGCUAACCCAGAAGAGCUGAAUAAGGAAAAGAACCCAGUGGAGGUUGAUUCAGCUGUGAAAGAUGCACCAGGUAAUGUAGAGAAGGAACAGGGAGAAAACCUCCACCCUGUGGUCAAAGAGGAGCCAUCCCCAGACAAGCAGGAGAUGCAAGAACCUUCACCAUGUUCUGAGGAAAUAUUGUCUGAUGGCACAAAAACAACUCCAAAGAAUCCUUCAGACUUGUCCAAUGGUUUUGAUUUAGAGGUAGAGAAAGCCAACCCAAAGCAUCUGUUUAAAGAAAAUGCUGCAUUGUCUAACUAUGCUGUAGACGGUGCUUCAGAUUUAAGUGAGGAGCGUAAAGAGGUUAGCAAAGCAGUGGCAGAAGAGGAAGCACUCCAGGAAUCAGAGGAACGUCUACAACUCCCACCUCCUUCAGAGGAAACAGCAUCUGAGGCUUCACACACAACUCUUGGGAACCCUUCAGAAAUGUCCCAUGCUUCAGACUUGAAGGAAGACGAGUCAAAAGCAGCUGAACCAUGUGACCAAGACGUCCCACCCCAGGCUGAACUAGCUGCAGAUGGGGCUUCUGUUAAUAUACAGGGAGAGGAAAAGAAAGAAUACCACCAACCAGUGUCAGAGGAGCUGCCACAUCUCAACCAGGAGGAGAUGGAUAAGGCAGUGCCAGUGUCAACACAACCUGAGGAAACUAGGGAAUCAAUUCCAGAAAACCCUGUACUCCAACAUAAUGACAAUGACUUCCAGUCUCCCACCGCAAAGGUGGAGGAGCAGGGAGAGGUGAUUUCCACAUCUGUCCCUCAGCCCCCAGAGUAACUCUUUGUGGGAAAGGAGGAAAAUGUAGCCGACGCAGUGCACAGAACUCGGGACUCUGUGAAAAAAAAUCAAUGUUAAAAUAAUUUCCACAUGGCGCUCUCAAACUGAACCCUGCUCUGUUUCAUUCCUUCUUUUAGCAGUAAAGGUCAUGCUGAUGCACCUCACAAGUUUUCACAGCAGCAAUCACUAAGCAGCCUGUUUUCACCAAACAUGUCCGAGUCAACCACUGUUUUCCCAACUUUUCAUUCACCAGGAAAACCCUGAGGUUAUUUUACUACACAUACCACACAUUUAUUUUUUCUUCAACUACAAAUAUGAGCACAGUGGAUGAUAAUGGUGUGACAAACAAAGACCAAUUGCUUGAACACUCUUGAUAAGGUACCUUUGUUGAAAAGCCUGUUCAUUUAGCUUUUCAGUCUGUUUCAACAAACUGUUGUGGCUUUUAAAAAUCUACAACAGUUAGUAUUUUUUAAUCAGUUAACCUGAUGUAUGCAAGUGUCUGUGUUCUUCAAGAAUCAACGAGAUAAUGAGCUCAGACCAAGUGAGAAAAACCCAGAGUACAGUUGAAUCAAACCUCUUCUAUCAGUCAAUAGAUGACAGAUUCUAGAGCGGAACAAAGAUAGGUAUUCAACACUAUUUCUAUGGGUUUCUGUCCUUCCAACCCAGUGCAUAUUAUGUAUGAAACGUUGUAUGGAACAGAGAACCACCUAACUGUCACUUUUACUAAUAUAUAUAUAUAUUUUAA